AUGUCACUGCCUGUUAUCUCGGUCGCGGGGAAUGGGUUAUUGAGUAGGGGCCAUCGAUUUCAGAUCAAAGGUGUCGAUUACAUCGGAGAUGCCUCUGGUUCGACUACAAUCGAUGUUUUGGCAGAUUCGAGGGCUAGCCAGUGCGCAAUCGAUGCGCCUAUCCUCAAGGCACUCGGGGCCAACACUAUCAGGGUGUACUAUACAGAUGCGACUCAGGGUCACGAUAAAUGCAUGCAGACUUUCCAGGACAAUGGAAUAUACGUGAUUGCAAACAUGGCAACUCAAAGAGCUUGGACGGAUGUCAGCUCGAACAUAGUCAACUCACCAUGGCAAAUGGGCGUUUUCGAACAAUAUGCGGCUGUUCUUGAUUCAAUGGCCGGGUAUAGCAAUCUCCUGGGGCUUCUUAUUGGAAAUAAUAUUAUUUCCAGCCAAACUAUUACUGGUCAAGGCCCUACAGUCGACCUAGCCCCAUACCUAAAGGCCGCAGCCCGGGAUAUGAAAGCUUAUGCUGCUGCUAGGAAGUACCGCGCUAUACCUAUUGGAUACGCCACAGAUUCAGAGUAUACCUAUAUCCAAACGUUGGGAGAAUACUUGGUGUGCGGAGGAAAAAGUGACGAGGCUAUCGACUUCUAUGCAGUCAACGAACUCGGGUGCAACUCGUCCAUGAGCGCCUCUGACUACGAUGUAUUGACGUCGAGGCUAGGAGGCCUAGGGGUUCCCGUUAUCAUCUCUGAAACUAGCUGCAACCACCAUGCGCCGCGGCUCUUCGAGGUUAGCACGCAAACAACCCUGGCCGACUACAAUUCGUUGAAAAGGUGGUCUGCCGUGACUGCAAAUACCCUCCCUCCACCUACGCUUCCUACUCCUUCCUGUCCAUCGAUCAAUGCAUACUGGCCUAUCAACCCCAGUGCCGCAUUGCCAACGAUUGCAGGUCUUGGCUUUGCGACGAUCCAAGCAGCGCAUGCUGCCAGUACCGCGGAUGGAACCCGCACGAGUACUAGCAUACGCCCCAGGAGCACCUAUAGCCCGCCACACAAUACUUCAAGGGGUACAAUGGCUGGAAUCGGUAUCGGUGCUACGUCUGGCGUAGUGCUCGCUUUCGUCGGCGCGUUCCUAUUUUACAGGCGCCAAUGGAAAAAGAAAGGACGAAGACAUCCAUCAUCUUCGUUACCACAGACGUCGGGAAGUUCUCAUCAAGACGCUGAAUUGGGUCACAUCGCUGUGCCGGCUAAAUCAUCUCAUACUGAUUUACCGAGUCAACUACCAGGCUCGAAUCCUAAGGCCUGA